AUGUGGGGGCGGCACUACUGGGGCGGCGGCCGGCGGCCAAGCUGGACUCCCGGAGGGGACGGAGCCGGCGCCGGCGGCGUGGUGGUGAUGUUCGCGUGGCUGUCCAGCCAGGAGCGGCACGUGCGGUCGUACGUGGAGCUGUACGCGGCGCACGGGUGGGCGUGCCUCGUCUGCCACUCCGACUUCCUCACCCUGUUUUUCCCUGAGAAGGCUGCCAUGCUCGCAGACAGGGUGAUUGGGGAGCUUGUCAAGGUGCUGAAGAUUACACCUGUGCCUGUGGUGUUUGCGUCGUUUUCAGGAGGGCCCAAAGGGUGCACAUACAAGGUUCUUCAGUUAAUCGAGAGAAGAUGUGAAGGGCAACUAAGCCUGGAUGAGUACCAGCUUGUACGAGAUUGUCUAUGCGGACAAAUGUAUGAUUCAAGCCCUGUGGAUUUUGUCAGUGACUUAGGCACUCGCUUCCUCCUCGAUCCAAGUGUCCUAAAGAUGUCUGAACCUCCUCGUGUGUUGUCAUGGAUGACUAAGGGCAUUGCCUCAGGUCUUGACAUUCUUUUCAUAAACAAAUUUGAAGAACAACGUAAAGAUUAUUGGGAAACACUAUACUCAUCAGUGCAUUUUGGUCCAAUACUAAUACUCUGUUCAGAGGAUGAUCAACUUGCUACAUAUUCAGUUGUUCAAAAUUUUGGCCAGCAUCUGCUAGAGCUUGGUGGUGAUGUGAACCUAAUUAAAUGGCAUAGUUCUCCUCAUGUAGGGAUAGAUAACCUUGAGCUAUAUGAAACUAAUGAGUAUACACUUGUACGCUUUCUGCAGGUCACUAUAAAUUUCAUCCUGAGGAAUACAGAGCUGCUGUGA